UUGAUGUGUCAUAUUAGUGAGUUGUUGGGCCAUCAGCUGGUGUAACUGGGGCACCUCCGAGUUCAUGCCURCACCAGGCGUUUCUGGAUGAAAACACACAAUGGGCUUUUGGCAUUCGCAGUGACAGACCAUGAAACAACCCGGUCCAACUACAGAUCCACAGAUGAUGGAAGGAUCAGAAGUUAUAUCGGUGUCGGAGGAAUCGCGGUCUGUGGAUCAGCUUCACAAUAACGUGUCUGAUGUAAAAGAGGAGGAAAGCUCUUACAACAGUGUGCACGAGGUAGAAACAUGCAGUCGGCCAAAAGACGAGUUACACCAUGAAAGUGAAUUGACCGAGGUUACAACAGAUGUUGAGAUGGACACAAAUACAGAGCAGGAAGCCCAAACAUGCAGCCAGGAGCUUCUAGAAGAGAAAACGUUCAGUAAUGAUGCCAGUACAAUUUUAAAUGCAGGUGAUGAACCUCCACUCGCUCUCUCAAAUGAUGCUGCUGCCGUUUGGAGAACUCCUGCCAACACUCAGGAUGAAGCAGAAACCCAUUCUUCUGUUCUUGAAGGGAAAGUAGAGACCUUAUUGACUUUUGACGCAGCAACUCAAAACGACAAUGACCAACCGUCACUCUUGGUCACUGGUUGUUCUGCUGAGUCAUCACCUGUCGACAACAGCGACUCAGCUGAGAGUCUGUCGUCCUCCUCUGUCCAAAGCACUUCCAAGAACUUGCCUACAGACUCCGCCACGACCUCUGGGAUCUCUAACGGUCCCUCCACGCCAACCUCUGACACACUCAGCUCCUCRCCCGCUUCCAGCCCCCAGACCGGUGCCAACAGCUCAGGCCCCUCAAACUCCACGUCCAGCCCUUACGACACCGACUGCAGCCGAAGGCUUAUUUCACAAAUCCAGCGCUCGUUGUCACAAGAGUCGCUGCUGGACGAGCUCGAGUCGGAGCUGCUGGCUUGUCAGCUGCCUGAAGGUGAAAGCAAAGGAGAGGGAAAGGGAAGCCCACCUGUUAAUGGACUCCCAGCAGACCAGGAGGGCUGCAUGGUGGUCUUUGAGAAGUGUGUGCAAUACAAGUAUGCACAACAGGAGAAGGCUAUUCAAAAGCUGCUGGAGGAGAACAAGAGACAUCAGGAACUGAUCCUGGGCAUCUGCUCAGAGAAAGACGACAUGAGGGAUGAGCUGAAGAAGAGGGCAGAAACAGAAAGGCAACACAUGACCAUCAUUAAAAAGUUGGAAGGCAGGGUGGAGGAGCUGCUGAAAGAACUGAAGGAGUCGCGGGAGAAACUCAUCCACCAGGAGCAGAUGGCUAAAUCUUCUCUCCAGCAGCUGCAGAGGGAAACGACUCACCGGAUAGAACAGGUCAACAAGAAGUGCGAUGAGGCACGCCAAGAGAAGGAAGCCAUGGUAAUGAAAUAUGUUCGGGGAGAGAAAGAGGCCCUGGACCUGAGGCGGGACAAAGAGGGGUUAGAGAAGAGGCUUAGAGAAGCCCUCAAGGAAGUGGACCGCCAGGCCCUCCGAGGGAAUCAGCUGGCUCAGGAUAAAGGACGGUUGCAACAGCUGUACGACGCUAAGGAAGGAGAGGUUGGCAGGUUUACACGGGAGAUAGAAAAGUUGAAGGAGGAGAUCAACUCCCAUCUUAUCAAAGUCAAAUGGGCCCAGAACAAACUGAAGAGUGAGGCUGAUGCUCAUAAGGAAACUAAAGACAAAUUGAGAGAAACAACAUCCAAGUUGAUUCAGGCCAAAGAGGAGACCGAACAGAUUCGUAAAAAUUGCCAGGACAUGAUCCGAACGUACCAGGAGUCAGAGGAGCUCAGGUCCAACGAACUGGAUGCUAAACUGAGAGAGACCAAAGGCGAGUUGGAGAAACACAAGCAGGAGCAAACAGACCAGUUAGAGAUGCUCCAAGYGAAGGCUAAAGAGCUGGAGGAGCUAAAGAAGAGCUACAAAGAAAGCAUGGAUGAGUUCGAUACGCUUCGCACCAAGUUAAAGUGUCUGGAGRACGAGCGUCCACGUUGGGAGGAUGAGCUGAGUAAAUACAGGGAGAUCAUAAACCGGCAGAAGGCUGAGAUCGGUCGCCAGAGAGAAAAACUUGAUGAGGUCACUGAGCUUCAAGAGCAGCAUGAACGUGACAAACAGGAGAUCACAUCUCUUCAGGAGGAAGUGGAGGGCCUGACCAGUCAGAUAGCUGACCUCCAGCGUGAUGUCCAGGGCAGCAGGGAGCGGGAAGCUGAGCUGCUCGGCUUCACAGAGAAGCUGAGCAGCAAGAACGCCCAGCUGCAGUCAGAGAGCAAUGCUCUGCAGUCGCAGCUGGAUCAGGUCACCGGCAGCUGCACCGAACUCCGAGCGAGGCUGGAGGAGACCAGCAGGCAGCUGGACGACAAGUCACGGCAGCUGAGAAAGGAAGAGGUGCUGAGGCAGCAGGAGGUGCAGGGUCUGCAGGAGGAGCGGGCAGCUCUUCAAACAGAGGUGGGCCAACUAAAAACCAGAGUGGAGGAGCUGAGGGAUGAGCUGGUGACUCAGAAACGCAAGCAAGCAGCGAAUAUCAAGGACCUCACAAAACAAUUAACACAAGCCCGUAAGAGGCUGGAGCAGGUGGAGAAUGGAGGGUGUGACCGGGACGCCAGCAGCAUGGGCAGUCGCUCCAGUUCCUCAGGUACUGCUCUGCGAUUUGGUUCUUUAAAUGCACGCCACGUUGGGGGCAGCGGCGCCGAAGAGCGGUCACCGGAGAGCCAGUCGGGCCCCGCUGUGAUGGUUGUGGACAGCUUCCCGGAGGUGGACAAGGCUGUGCUGGUGGAGCGCAUAGUCCGUUUGCAAAAAGCCCUGGCGCGGAAGCAGGAAAAGAUGGAGUUCAUGGAGGAUCACAUCAAACAGCUGGUGGAAGAGAUCCGGAAGAAGACAAAAAUUAUCCAGAGCUAUGUGCUAAGGGAGGAGACAGGGGCCCUCUCAUCGGAGGCGUCAGAUAUUAACAAGGCCCAUCUGAGUCGGCGAGGCGGCAUCAUGGCGUCUCUGUACACCUCCCACCCGGCGGACAGCGGGCUGACCCUGGACCUGUCGCUGGAGAUUAACAGGAAGCUGCAGGCCGUGUUGGAGGACACGCUGCUGAAGAACAUUACUUUGAAGGAGAAUUUGCAGACUUUGGGGGCUGAGAUUGAAAAACUCAUCAAGGAGCAGAAGAAUCCAGAUGAUGGGGUCAGGUCGAAGUGAAGCAAAGAACUGGCCUGGGGAAAGCCCCAGACCUAAAAGUAUGAAAGAGUAAACGUGCUGUAAGUGCCAGUGGGACGUGAGAACUCUGAAUGGCUCGUUUCUGUCUGUUUUUAAGAGAAAGUCUCCAAGCUUACUUGAACCAUCUGAUCCAUCCAUAUGGUACCAUCGCCUCAGCUACGCCCCUUCUGGCUCACGUCGGUCUCCCUGAAGCCUUGCCAAGCGGACUCGUUGCUUUAAUCUGGAUGGCGUUAUCACAGAUGUUUCCGAACUCUUCCUGAAUCACAAUUGCCAGUAAAUGAAUCGUAUUAAAACAAUCUGAAUAGAAGUCUCCUCGUCCCCUGAAGUCCCAUCAGUCAAGCCUAGUGUAUUUUUGAGGAUCUGCUUUCUCGGCUCAGCUGUACUGAAGUUAAAAACAGAUCCGCCCUGGCAUGAUUGGACCCCGUGUGCCACCGGUGCAUUUCUUCCACCCGUUUAUUUUGUUUUAUUUUUAUUUAUUUUUUGUUGUUUUUCUCCCCUCCACCCCCACCUGCUCAGCACAGCACUUACGAUCAAGCUGGUGGAGCGAGGCGUCCCCCAUCAGCGGAAUCGCCCGUCCGUGUGGCACAGGUGCUGAAUUUCAGGAAGCAUUUUUGUGAUGUUCCCUGUACCCAUGUGUGUGUGUGUGUGUGUGGUGGGGGGGGGGGGACUCGCUCUUCAGUUACAAUAAAUUAGAAUCAAGCUCUAAAAUAUGUAAAAUGACAUAAAGGUUGAAAUGCACUGCUGUCUUCCAAACUGAAUGUAAUUUUUGUUUCUCGCCAGUUUAUUUAAUUUAUUUGUUUUAUUUGCCCAUGUUUUAGUUUUUAUGAAUUAUUGUAAAUCACACUUUUUUUUGUCUUUGAUCCUAAUUUAUGAAAAUUGAAUGCCUCAAACAUUUUAGUCUUCUUGAUGAAGUCUGUCCCGGGUGUAUAGCUUUUUUUUGUUUGUUUGUUUGUUUGUUUUUGAUGUCUUAGAACCCUAAAAUAGAGAAAGAUGGAUUAAUUGGCUGAUAUCGGCCUGUGCAAAUAAGAAAGAUGCAGUAGCAGCUGCUACAACCAGCUCCCACAUUUUAGUUGGUUUUUUGAUUUUCUUUCAGGCAACAAAGUUUUUUUUACAUAUAUAUAAAUAUUUUUAAGUGUACAAGUUUUUUCCAAUGGUUUUUCCAAUAUGUGUAUUUAAGUUAAGUACGGUAGUUAUUUAGAAAAAUAAAUACAUACUGACCAAAAUCUGUGCUUAUUUAGAAAAACUUAAUUAAGUCUAUUAUUUUUUUAAAUAAGAUUUUUGGUAGAGGUCGACCUUUCAAAAAAAAAUGUCAGCUGAUCGAUGCAACACGUAAAAAAUGUCAAAACGUGACUUUUGUUUAACAAAAUCAAACAAUGGCUUCACCUAAAUUAACACUUAAAAGUAUAUAAAAGCAUUCUAAACUGUAAUUUGGUUGCAGCAGCUUGUUUAUAUUUGGUAAAUAACUGAGCUUGCAAAGACAUCUCUACUUGCCGAUUUUUAAAAGCGUCUAUUUGCUGAUUAAUAGAUCCAUCUCUAGUCUGUGGCAUUUUAAUCAUUCCUUGUUUCAAACUGUUGCGUGUAAAAAGACUUGAUGUACAGGAUGGGAUUUUUGUGAGAUCAGAGACUAAAAUGUUGAGGUAUUUUUGUACACUCCUCUUUAUUGAGAUUUAUUUAGUAGCUUCGCUGAGUCUUUAGAGGUAAAUCAAGUGUAGACUAAUCAGAGGGAGAACGGGGGGUGAGUAGAUGUAGCUCAGGAAAGCAAACAGAAAUCUAUCCAGGGACAAAGUGCAAUGCUGUUCCAUUUUUGUUCUUUUAUUUGACAUCAUUUUCUGAAUGAGCUGGUGUGCCAGUGUCCUGCAUUUUUAUUUUAUAGCUUAUUUGUGCACCUGUGCUGAAUAUUUAAAAUUGGAUGUGUGCAUGGCUGCUUGUGUGCCUUCUCCCACCCCUCAAAGCUUUUUGUUUUUUGUUUUUUUGCRUUUACGCCUCACUUCAGCCGUCCRCCCGGAGCUUGUUGUCGAGCCCGUUCCUUCCAAAUCGCACGAAAACACCCGCAGCUCAGUACCUCCCAGCGAUACAGGACAGCGCCCCUCGGCAGAUGAUUUGUGGUUUAUUAUUCGAGCUCUAAACCCAGCAGGGUGGAAGGGAGAGCAGCUUCGUUACGCCGUGCCAUGUUUCGUGUUUUGUUUUUUCGUUCUCUCUUCAUUCCAUCUGAUUGCUGAAGCUGUCACAAAACAUAAGCUCCUCAUCCCUUUUUUUAAUUUUUCCUUCUUUUAAGGGGUCAUGACAGGCCCAUCCCUUUACCAUUCACCCCGAGGCGAUGCAGAAGUGGACCACUACGUGAAUGAAGAUGAAAGUAUUGAGGUCACAGAGACCUUAAAGGCUCUCUGCUGCAGCAGUGCAGAAGUGCUCUGCAUUUGAUGGGAGUCUACUUUUAUUACAUCCAAGCUGACUUCUCUUCAAAAAAAUAGCAUCAGUUUUUUUUUAACUGCUUCCAGCAAACCUGGAGAUCUUAAUUCCCCCUCUCGUUUUGAAACUAACUGUUUUUCAGGACGAAAAUGAAUUUUUGCCUUAAAUUUAGGUCCCUCCUAAAUAAACAGGAGGUUUCUGCUGCCGAAUCCGUUUGUUGAAGAUGCCUGCACCACAUCCUAAUUAAGUCCCCGUGAUUCUCCGAUGCUCGUCUCCGGAUUUUCGCCCAAAUCAGGCCGAGUGCUUGCUUAUCCCAGACUUUCUGCGCUCCACCGCCUUGAAAUGAAGCCAUGCUGCAGCUUUGUGAAAAUGAAUGAGCCAAUGAGUGUGAAUGAAGACACUGUUUAAUAUGUGCAAGUGCUGAACGGUUUAGAAAAAGAAUGAAAUAAAUGAAAACGUCUGUCAUUUUGCUGCUUUUGCUCUGUUUUGUGAAAUACUCAAACUGUGAUGAUGAUGAUGAUGAUGAUGAUGAUGAUGAUGAUGAUGAUAUGCAUUUGUAGAUAAGUCAUUCUGUAAAAUGAUCAUUUUAAAAAAACAAAACGAAUGAUACUGGAUCAUGUUUGUUCCUAUUGUGUUUCCAGGGAAUAAAAAGGAAUUGAUUAACUUCA